UGCCUUUGCAGCAGAGGACCAAGGAGGAUGUUAGUGAGUGUGUAGUGUUGCGGGACAAAAUGCGGAUAGGACCGUACUUGGACAACGACUUGGCGACGUUUAAACUGCCGGAUGUCGUGGAAGUAAGUUAGCUGUUAGUGGCGAGAGGAGUCUGUCAGUGAAAACACCGACAAGCUAAACCGCAGUGCCAAGAGGAAAUACUCAACUAGUUUAAAUAAGAUGGAUGGGAGGGCUUGAAUCUGCAAGACUCACUUCUGGAGUAAUGUAGUGACUAACGUUAGGCUGCUACCAGUCUUCUCCUCAUUUAAAUUGUUGGGAUAUUCUGUUGUGACUAAUAAUAACCUACGAUGGAAAUAACGAUGGAAAGUGGAGUUUUUCUACCCUGUCUGGAUCAAUUUAUGCUGAGCCCACUUGUCACUUGGGUGAAGACGUUUGUGCCAAAUGAUGGGGGCAUGCACAUGGACUUUUCUGAAUUACUGAAUGGAGUCUUUUUGAAUGACAUAAUGACACAAAUAAAUCCCUCGGCUGCACCUCAGAGUGCAAACAAAGUGAGCAGUGAUCCAAGUCAGAGGAUCCAAAACUUGAACUUCCUUGUGCAGCAAAUCAAGACAUAUUAUCUGGAUAAUCUGAGACAAUUAAUCAUGAUUCCUUUGCCAAACGUGUUGCUGCUUGGCAGGACUCCUUACUUUGAACAAAGUCUGGAGGAAAUGAAGAAACUUUUGCUGUUACUGUUGGGAUGUGCAGUCCAGUGUGAGAAAAAAGAUGAGUACAUUGAGAGGAUCCAGACGCUUGACUUUGACACGAAAGCUGCCAUAGCUGCACAUAUUCAGGAGUUGACCCACAGUCAGGAGAACGUGCUGGAUCUGCAGUGGUUGGAGUCCAGUGAGGUGCACCCGGAUGAGCUGGAGGCCGUAGCGAGGAACAUGGCCACGCACCUCCGACAUCUGCUGGACCAGAGGGACACCCAUCUAGAGACUAUAGCAGAGCUAAUGCAGGAAAAGGAUGGCAUCGUUAGCUUGCUCAGUAGCCCAUCCAGCCCACAGUCAACCAGCUACUGUCCCAGCAUGCAGCAGCAGCAACAGGCGGGGACUCAGCAACACCUGUCGGUGGAGCUGGCUGACUCUAAGGCCAAGAUCAGACGACUUAGACAAGAACUAGAAGAGAAGAGUGAGCAGAUGCUGGACUGCAGACAUGAGCUGGAGAACAUGGAGGCAGAGCUGAAGAGGAUCCAGCAGGAGAACUCCCAGUUGCUCGUAGAGGCCCGUGCAGCCCGCACCUACCGUGACGAACUGGACUCCCUGAGAGAGAGAGCCAUAAAGGCAGACAAGCUGGAGAGUGAAGUGGGACGCUACAGGGAGCAACUGCACAAGAUGGAGUUCUACAAGGCCAAAGUGGAGGAGCUAAAGGAGGAUAACAGGGUGCUACAGGAGACCAAAGAAGUGUUGGAGGAUCAGCUGGAAGGCUGGAGGGCACGCUCAGAUAAAAUCCACCAGCUGGAGAAGCACAGUCUUCUGCUGAAGGCCCGGGUCCACGACAUGGAACAGGAGAGGGAGGCAGACCGGAGGCGCAUUGAGGAGCUGCAGGAGGAGAACCUGGCUCUGUGUUUGGCUCAGAGGAGGAGCAUGGAGGAGUCCCAGCAUCUGGGCUGGGAGUUAGAGCAGCUCUCCAAGACCACUGAGAACUCUCAGAGCCAGCAGACUCUGAGUGAGGAGGUGACUGAGAGGACUCGCAGUCGGAUGCUGAAACUGGAAAAGGAGAACCAAAGUCUCUUAAGAACUAUAGAGGAACUCAAAGCUGCCUCUAUGAACAACAGCACACAGCCACACAAACAUAGCUGCCACCGUGAGUGUGAUCAUGUCUGCCAUGUGGUCUGUAGCACCAACAACCGUACCUUAUCAACAGAUGAACCCACUUGGUUGCAAACCUCCUGCUCUAAUAUAGAAAACCGCACUCACAUAUUCCCGCUCAGAACAGUAGCACAGCACAUGUUAAAUGGAAAUUCAAACUGCCAUCAGCCACUCUACGCAGAAGAGGUGGAGGAAGUCCAGAGUGAGAUCCUCCUCACAGAGAGCCCAGACCUUCAUAUUCAGGAGAAAGGACAGCUAGAAGAUGGAGGUGGAGAUCAUUUCAAAGACAUAAUGUCUGAUCUGGAAGUCUUAGAAAACAAUCACAAUAGGCUCCAUUGUUUUGUUGGAUCAGGUGAUCACUCCCCUGGCUCGAAGAGCAGCAGUCCCUGCCAUGGCAGCAUCUUCUCAGGUCUGCCAACACGUUCCUCCUAUGCCAGCAAACACACGCAGCGGCUGGAGGCCAAGUGCAGGGCCCUAGACACAGUUAACCAGCAUCUACAGACUUCCCUCGAUAACACUGACCGGAAAGUUCAGAGACUGGAGGCAGAGGUUCAGGAGCUGGAGGCAGAGAACCAGAGUCUGCAGGCCACUUUAGAGGAACUUCGGAUCUCUGCACGCCGCUUGGAGCAACUGGAAACAGAGAAGCAAAGCCUGGAGCAAGAAACCACAGUCCUGGAGAGGGAAAAAAGGCAGCUAGAGAAAGAGAAUCGACGACUCCGCCAGCAGGCUGAAAUCCAGGAAGCCAACUUAGACAGUAACAAUGUCUGUAUGACCAGCCUGGAAAGGGAGAUGCGUUUUCUAGUAAAGGAGGUGGAGGGGUUAAGGGAGACUGCUGACAGGGUCAAAGCCCUAGAGGGAGACAACAGAGAACUGACCAAGCAAGCUGCUAUCGACCAGAGGACCCUGGCCACCCUCAGAGAGGAGCUGGUAAGUGAGAAGCUGAAGAGCCAGCAGAGAGACAAUGAACUGGAGAGGCUGGCUUACGAGUUGGAAAUGAAGGUGCUGAACCAGGAGAGUACACAGCAGGCUGAACAAGAGGAACCAGACAACAGCAGGUUCAAGAUGCUGGAGUCAGAGUUGGAGUCGUCCCUGAAAAAAUCUCUUAAGAUUAAAGAGGACAAGAUGGCAGCUUUAGAAGCUCGUCUGCAGGAAUCCUCCACCCUGAACCAGCAGCUGCGCCAGGAGCUCAAGACUGUGAAGCUGAGCUAUGAGGCCUUGCAACAGAGGCAGGAGGAAGAGUGGACAGCAUCAAGUUCCACCCCUGCAAUAGAGACUGGCAGAGCAAUGAGUGAAUGGCUACGUGAAAGCCAGGAGGCCACCAAGGAAUUGCUGAAGCUCAAAGACCGUCUCAUUGAAGUGGAGAGGAAUAACGCAACACUGGAGGCAGAGCGCCAGGCAAUGCAGGCCCAGCUGAAGCAGCUGGAGAGUCAGUCUGAUAGCCAGCAGGCUCAAAUCCUCGCUCUGCAGAGGCAGGCUGCCUCACUGCAGGAGAACAACACAGCCCUGCAGACACACAACGCUAACCUACAGGUGGAGAAAUCCACUCUGAACUCACAGAGUGCUUCCCUUAUGGCCCAGAAUGCACAGCUGCAGCAGCAGCAGUCAGGGACAGAAAGUGAGCGGGACAGCGCCAUACGGGAACGUGAAGAGCUGCGUGGUGUUCAUGAGCAGCUAUUAAGAGAUCACGAGCGGCUGGCAGCUCUACAUGAGCGGCAGGCUAUGGAGUAUGAGGCCCUGAUGGGCAAGCACGGCUGUUUGAAAAACACCCAUCGCACACUAGAGCUGGAGCAACGCACUCUGCAGGACAGGUACAAUAGCUUGUUGCAGCAGCGGACCAAGCUAGAAGACCUGGAGAAAGCCCUGAAGGAGGAGCAGAUGAGGAUGGUUCUAGAGAAAGAACAGCACAGGACCACUGCUGCUGAAUGUUGCAGGCUCCGUGACGAGAAGGACUGGCUGAACCAGACAUACCGUCAGCUACAUAACGACAAUGAGUUGCUGACAGCGGAUCACAAGCAGCUCAAGAGCCAGCUGAAUGAGGCCAAGCUGGAGCACACCUGGCUGGAGGCUGACUUCUCCAAGCUCAAGAAAGAGUUUCAACAGCUAGACAUCACUUCCACAAAGCUCAGCAACCAGUGUGAGUUGCUGAGCCAGUUGAAGACCAACCUGGAGGAAGAGAAUCGCCACCUGCUCAACCAGAUCGAGACGCUGAUGCUGCAGAACCGAACCUUGUUGGAGCAGACCAUGGAGAGCAAGGAUCUGUUUCAUGUUGAAGAGCGACAGUAUAUUGACAAGCUUAAUGAUUUGAGGAGGCAGAAGGAGAAGCUGGAGGAAAAGAUAAUGGACCAGUACAAGUUUUAUGAGCCAUCGCCUCCUCGCAGACGUGGAAACUGGAUCACUCUGAAACUGAAGAAGUUGAUUAAAUCCAGUAGCCGUGAGCAUGGGCCCGACCGCCCACCCACACCCACACACUCAGGCGUUACUGAGCCACAACUCUCCUGUCAAGACAACAGCUCCUUCAUCAGCUCAGAUGGCUCUGGAAGCUCAGCCACCUCAGCAGGUGAUGCCAUUUCACCCCAACGUAACACCCUGAGCAGCUUGGCGUACCCCUCGGCCCUGUUCGAGGAGAAGCGGUGGGGAGACAGCUUAGAGCAGCUGGGAGGGUCAGAGGCUGAUGUGGAGGAGGACAGGAAGAACGCAUUGACCUCAUCCCUUACCACAUCCAUCUUGUCCAUCCUCCACCUCAAUCAUCCCACCACUCUACCAUCUGGCCACGUCACCACCACAGCCACUGACACCGCCGGCACUGUUCCAGAUUUGUCUGAGCUUUGGGUGACAGACAAGGAUUCAAAUGAUAGCGCUGUGCCAUCUGGAUUUGAGGACAGCGACGAGCUGCAGAAUCACGGGCUGAACAGUGUCCAGAGUCGAGCCCAAAGUGAGAGUAGUGGGGAGUUCAGCCUGAGCCUGGAAAAUGAGCCAUGGUCAAAUGGCAGCAGCCCUGUCCAGCAGCCCCCAUCACGGCGCUCCUCCGCCUCCUUCCAGCCACCCAGCGAUACCUCCACCCCCCAACACACACAGAAGCAGCAGCAGCAGCAGCAGCAGCAGCAGCACAAGGAGAAAGCCUCUACCAUGCCCAUCACCAACAGUCAGAAUUCAGAUAUCCAGUCUAUACCAAAACAGAAAGAUCCUGGACUCUCUCAGGACUUCUGGCUCACAAGGGGUACAAAGAGCAUCCGAAGGGGGUCAAGAGGGAAAGUGACUCGUCGCUCAUCAGAUUCAGGGGGCACAGUCAAAAUGAACACAGGGCUCAACGGGAUGAAUUCCAAAUCGUGCUCUAGCAAAGUUGAAACUACCCGAGCAUCAGCAUGUUCACCCAUCACAGUGCUGUACGUUCAGGGUAAGUCAUCCUCAAUGUCUGGCUGCCUCAACUGCUUCUCCACCCCUCCGGGGAAAGAGGUGCGACUAAAAGGGUCCAGGUCGCCCAAAAGUCUCCCUCGAGCCAGCAGUGUCAUUUCCACAGCAGAGGGAUCAUCCCGACGCACCAGUGUAAACAGCGACUGCAGGGUGACAGGCAAGACUGACCCGGUCUCUGUCCAGGUUUCAGAAAAGAGCAAUAAUCAGGAGGAAACAGCGAGUCAGCAACAACCAGAACCAGACACGAAUAACUGUGAGCCUGAGCCCAUUCCUCCCAUCAAACCUCCCAGAGACCCAACAGUUGCCGUUCCCACAGAUCACCCAAAAUCCCCUGUGCAGGAGUCACUCUUUGGCUCCUCAUUCACUUUCAACUCUGUCUUCUCAAACACAAUCUUCAGUGAUUCUGUGGUCACAACCACGACUAGCCUGGACGCCCUUGGCAACAACCAGACCUUCGUCUGUCUGAAUGCAUCUCUGGUGCAAAACUGCCAACGUGAGAGCCGGGAAUCUCCUCCUGACACACUGCAAACACUGCUCAAUGUGGAAAAUGAGCUGAGUCAAAAUGCAGAACAUGCAGCUGAGUUAGAGGACAAGCGGCUAACAACUCCAUGAAAGCAGCUGUCAGACCAUUGUGUAUUGUGUCAUUCAAGCAAAGCAGGUGAGCUGCAAAAAAAGGCCACUUUUCAUCACAUCAACCGAAGCACACAAUUUAAGUCACUGUAAUUUAAUAUGAGUAUGUUAUUCCACAGUCUGAGUAUACAGUCAUCUUAAAAGGUGUAAAUAAAAAGAUGUUUAGAAACUUGUGGUUCUGAUUUUUUGUCACACUGCAUUAGCAAGAUUACUGGCUUUUACAGCAUAUUAAUUUACCUGAGUAAUAUCUCCAGAGACUCAUAGUAUUAUCUCUUCCCCCAGGUUCUUCUUUUUGCACAAAUUCUGUUUAAUAUAACUGAAUGACUUAUGGAUAGAUAUCCUCUUUUGCCCAUUAAAAUGUAGAAUGGUAUUGUGAGUGAAACCUGUUUACCUUUAACGUUACUUUACCACACUGACAAUCCUGGUAUGUAUAUUUAUUGCUGUUUCAAAUUAUGUCCUGUUACUCAGACAGAACAUUUAAAUUAUUAUUAUAUUAUUAAAUUGCAGUGUCUAUGCCUGGAAGAACCAUGAUGUUCAUAUAUAGAAAAUGUGUAAAUGUUGUAAAAUAGGACGUGUACCUGAAUGCGGUUUUCCCUUUAAUAAAGCCUCUAUGUA